CAAGCAGUCGUCCCAUCGUAUCGUUGAAACACACCUCUCUUCAGUUGCUGGCGUGUCCCUGAGAGCUGAGAAGAUGGUGUUCGCCAACGCUUCCGGCCCUCACGCAGAGGCCUACACCGCUCAGGUAACCUUCGGGUACCCUGAGGGUGUCACCGUGGUGGACCUAGUGCCAGAGAACAUCCGGCACAUGGUCCACCCUCACUGGAACAACUACCCUCCGGUCAACCCCAUGUGGCACUAUGUGCUUGGUUGCGUCUACAUCAUCCUGGGCUGUCUCUCAUUCUUUGGCAAUGGGUUGGUGAUUAUGCUUUACCUGAAGAACAAGUUCCUGCGAACGCCUUCCAAUCAGCUGGUCCUCAACCUGGCCAUCAGCGACUUCCUCAUGCUGAUGACACAGUUCCCCUUCUUCACCUACAACUGCUUCAGCGGCGGAGUGUGGAUGUUCAGUGAGACCUUCUGCGAGCUCUAUGCUUUCUUCGGGGCCAUCACCGGCAUCGCAUCCAUCUGGACGCUGUCCUUCAUCUCCUAUGACCGGUACAACGUGAUCGUGAAGGGCGUGAGCGGAACGCCCUUGACCUCUGGAAGGGCCACCCUCUUCGUCCUCUUCUCCUGGAUCUACGCCAUCGCAUGGUCACUGCCGCCCUUCUUCGGCUGGGGAAAGUACAUUCCUGAGGGUAUCCUGGACUCCUGCUCCUUCGAUUACCUCACCCGCGAUGACAACCUCCGAUCCUACGGAAUCAGCAUCUUCUUCUUCGACUUCUGCGUGCCUCUCUUCACCAUCGUCUUCUCUUACAUUUCCAUCGUGAAGGCCAUCUGCGCCCACGAGGCCGCCAUGAGGGAGCAGGCCAAGAAGAUGAAUGUGUCCAACCUCAGGUCAAACCAGGAUGCCCAGGCACAGUCCGCCGAGGUGCGCAUCGCCAAGGUCGCCUGCACCAACGUGGCUCUAUGGGUGGUCUGCUGGACACCCUACGCCGCCAUCGUCGUCCAGGGGUUGUUCUUCGACCAGGGCCCCAUCACGCCUAUCGUGACCAUGCUGCCCGCCCUUCUGGCAAAGUCUUCCGCCUGCUACAACCCCAUCGUCUACGCCAUCAACCAUCCUAAGUUCAGAGUGGCCCUCCAGAAGCAGAUGCCUUGGUUCUGCAUUCACGAGAACACCGAGACUUCCUCCCAGUCUGACACCAAGUCCAUCGAGACGAAGGAAGCCAAGGAGGACGCUUAAGUGUUCCUAUCUACUCGAACACAAGGAAGACUUAGUCAGUCGGAAACAAGAGAGGCUUUGCAGUUCACGUUGAUUUAUGUGCCUCAUGAAGUCGGACAGAAUCUUUGAUGAUGACAGGAAUUCUUUUUCAGAUUUCGGAUUUAAACGCCGCCAACGUCAUUUUCGAUUGUAUUGUCGUACGGUGUACUGUCAUAACUAAAUCAUUUUAGACGGUAGUUAACCUUCCCUCCGACUGAAAUAAACCUUGCAACUGCAA